CUCCGUUUUUCAUUUGGUCAAUAGUUUACUUCCGAGUUCAUUGCGUGACGUCAGGUGGCGUUGACAUCAUCAACAUUGGACACUAAGUGAAAAUGUCAUACGCAUACUUGUUCAAGUAUAUAAUCAUUGGCGAUACAGGUGUAGGCAAGUCCUGCCUGUUGUUACAGUUCACUGACAAGAGGUUUCAGCCAGUUCAUGAUCUGACCAUAGGGGUAGAGUUUGGAGCACGGAUGAUUACCAUUGAUGGGAAACAAAUCAAACUACAGAUAUGGGACACGGCUGGACAAGAAUCAUUUCGGUCUAUCACAAGGUCCUACUACCGAGGAGCAGCUGGGGCUUUGCUUGUUUAUGACAUUACACGUCGCGACACUUUUAAUCAUCUGACUACAUGGCUGGAAGAUGCCCGUCAGCAUUCUAACUCCAAUAUGGUCAUCAUGUUGAUUGGGAACAAAAGUGACUUGGAAGCACGGCGUGAGGUGAAAAAAGAAGAAGGGGAGGCAUUUGCCAGAGAACACGGCUUAAUUUUUAUGGAGACAUCUGCCAAGACAGCAGCUAAUGUUGAAGAGGCAUUUAUCAACACAGCCAAGGAAAUCUACCAAAAGAUUCAGGAUGGUGUCUUUGACAUCAAUAAUGAGGCCAAUGGUAUCAAGAUAGGACCCCAGCACUCACCAGCAAACCAGAACAUGCCGUCUGGUGGAGGUGGAGGUAAUCAGGGUGGUAACUGCUGCUGAGAAAACCGAGAGAAAGGAAUGCUAACUUAAGGCUGUGAAGUGGACCCAGGCUGUCGCAGCAUGGACCAGAGCUAGUCCUUGUUUGGACUUGCUGGCUGGAUUGGCUGACUGUUAUCUCAGUUCAUUCUGCUCGCCAUUCAUGUUUUGCCGACAGCUCACUCGUAGCCUGAAGUGUAGUUCAGCAAGCUCCUAAAACUUGCCUUCAGCCUCUCACGCCAGAUGGUUUUCUCUCAUCCUCUGAUGCUGACAGGCAAGAGAGGUUAGGGGUGGGUGUUUAUCUAUAAGGGUGGGUGGCUUCUGGUUACUAAGGGAAGAGGUUGAUGGAGUUAGCAUUCAGUAGAUAUCUUUUUGAUGUGUCAGAUGAAUUCUUAUUUUAUUACCAAGUUAGGUGUUUCUUCUCACUCAAAAAUGAGUGUCAAAAUAGAUCUGUAUGAAAUUACUGUUCUAAAAAUAGGCCUCAAGCAUUGUCUCUGUUUGUGAUGACCUCUGACCUCAACCUUGCACUCAGUUCUGCUGUGGAAACAUGGUAGGUUGCUGUCAUGUACUGAAUAUCAAACAGUUAACAAAUUAAAUACACCAUUUCUUUCCUCUGUGUGUGUAUGUGAGAGCGAGAGAGAAUCUUUGCCACUGAAUCUUGUUUGUUGACUAGAGAACACAUUCCUGUCGGCAUCCUCAGUAGCUGCUGAAACUUUCUGUAACUUAUCAAAUUUAAAAAAUCAGUUUUGAAAACACCACACAAUAAGUUCAUUUUAAGGAUUGUAUAAAGUACAAUUUUAAUUGUUUAAUUGCAGUAUCUUUGCCUGAUGCCACAUUAAGUUUAGCAUUUCAGCCAUUUUAAAAAAGGGGUGAGAGAAGUUCAAGCAGACUCAUCUGUGAAUUUUAAGUUUCUGUCUACGAGUGACUCUUUACUGGCCUAGACAUCAGGAUGCACAAAGCAGCCCAACAUGUUUUGUCACCAGCAUAGAUGAUUGAUUUUUGUUAUUAUAUCAAAGUAUUGGGUUCUUGCCAUAAUUGAUAGGAAGUGUUAUGAAAUUGAAGAGGAUGUGUUAAGUUUACUUCCCUUCUUAUAGAAUAGUAUGCUUCUGCUGUUACUGAGGGGAGCCUAUAGUAACAUUAGAUGGUAGAGGAACAUGCUGGUUGUGAAACUGCUGGCAUAGGAGUAAUGCAGAAGUUUUCCCCCUUCCCCAAACCUCCUUUCAAAAUUUCCGUGUUCAAUAAACUGUGUCAGGUUUGUUUCAUAAGGAGGUUACAACAAGGUGUUUGUGUUGUUUUGUUUUGUUUUUUUUUUGUUGCUUUUUCACAAAAAAAGGGCCUUUUAUCUUAGAUAUAUGUAUACCUUUGUGUUUCUGUGGUACUGGUUUAAUUCUAGUGCUUGAAUACAUUUGCAUCAAAGUGCUUUUCUUAAGUUCCCAAUAGCAUACAGUGCCUGUUUUAUAGUAUCUGUUGCUGGCUGAGAAAGUAUGGUGCCACAUGGAUCUUGUGUAUAAUAUCUUGGUUGUCGUGCACCAACAUGUCUGCAGUAUCUUCACAUCUUGUGUUUUUGUUGCGCUGAUUUGGUACAGCCAUCAGCCAGCUUUUACAACAACAUUCAACUCAGCUUUUUGGAAAAUGGCAGCUGUGCCAUUGGUUGUUUAGUGCUUGGUUUUACCCUUGCUGUAUGUUGCAGGCCAGUGGCUGUAUUAUUUGCCUCAUUUCCUGCUCAUAUUAUGCUUGUUGAAUGUCUUAAUACAGUGAUAUCUCACCCUCCCAAACAUUUUUCUGAUCCUGUAGGGUCUUUGCAGCGAAUGUCUUUCCCUGCCAGCCUCUUUGUCAAAGCACAUCCUUAUAAACAACUACAGAUGUGGGCAAUAUAUGGCAUCACAUUUUACUACACUUCAAGAAUAUAAUCCUACAGAUAGCAGAUUUAACUCUAAGGACAGGCUACCUAAUGUCAUUUUUGUUUUGUCAAGAGCCCAAAUCAGAAGAUAAUCAUGCCAUAACAGCAUGCUUUCACCAUGACAUAGGUCAGACAUUGUGCUGUAUCAUCUUUGUUCUAUCAGGACCAGUUGUAAACUCUUGAGUUUGAACUACAGGGAGCUAAAACAUGUCUGUAACUAUGAAAAUAUUAAUGGGAGUCGGACCAUGGAUAAGGCAUUAAGUCCCAUGGUCUUUGUGGUCAUUGGUGGUGAGAAGACAGAUGUGGCAACUGAUGAAGCGCUCUAUUGCAGUCUAUUUUCUACCAGCCCCAUCACAUAAACAUAAACAUAGCUAAAUAUUUGGGAAGAAAGAAACGAAAAAGUAAUCUAAAGAAUGGUAAAAGUGUUUCCUUUUACAGAUAGAUGUAAUUGUGCAAUACUAAUGAAACAUAAUUUGUUGAUUCCCAGGCUGGAAACACUGGUUUUGUUGUACAUUUCCUAUGUUUGUAUGUAUGUGUAUGUUUUAAUUCAAAAACAAAAUACUUGUGUAUUAAAAUACAUCAUUUGUGUAUUAAAAUACAUCACUAUGCUAUGAAUUUGGGUCACUACCUGAAGUUUAUUAUUUUAAAGUGCAUGUUUUCCAUAUUUUAUAGUGAAGUUGGUAAAGACAGCAACUUGGUAAAAUUGUCCACAAUUGCGUUUUCUUAGAUAUCACUCUGUCAGUCUAUGUCUAUGCAGUCAGCUUUAUAGCCAUAACAUCUUGAGUUCAAAUCAAAAGUUGGAAAUACCAAAUGCAUUAAGAUUCCGUGAAACUUUUAUAUGGGGGAUAAAAUAUAAUUUUAUGCUCAACAAAUGGUCAGCACAAAAGCAAGGACUUAAAUUAUUGAAAGUCCUUGGUUGUUUGUGGAAUUUAAAAAUAGUAUUAUCUUGCCAAUACCCAGUACAAAUUUCUGGUAGGGAGCAAGCACAGCAAAGUGAAAGGGGAUGCCACUUGAGGUUUUACAUAUUUAAACAUAAGUUUUUUGAGUCAGCAAUCAAAUCUUGCAGUGGAACUAAAAAAGAAAGUCCAGAAAGAAUUCUUAGAUUUUGUAAAAUUCUAAAAAAAUAAAAGUUGUA